AACAACUUCUCAUCAGCUAUACAAUUUAUAUAACGAAAAUACCAAAAAAAAAUAAAAAAAAUCUCUCAUUCUCCCCUCUUCUCUUUAUGUCUUCAUACAUGAGAAAAAGAAGAAUGGCAGCCAUAACAUAUGAUCCAAAUUUCAACCUUCCAAAAAUCAACAAAGAAAUUCCUCAACAUAGAGUUAUAUUACAAGAAAUUGAAGGUCUUAUUAAAGUUUUCAAAGAUGGCCAUGUUGAAAGACCUCAAAUAGUCCCAAAUGUCACUAGUAAAUUGCCUAAUGAACUUGGUGUCACCUCUAGUGAUAUGGUAAUUGAUAGGUACACAAAUAUUUGGGCACGUUUAUAUGUCCCAAAAAUAUUAUGUCAAGGAAAUAAAUUACCUUUGUUAAUUUAUUUCCAUGGUGGUGGAUUUUGUGUUGGAUCAGCAUCUUGGAUUUGUUACCAUGAGUUCUUAGUAAAAUUAGCAUCAAUUGCUAAUUGUGUAAUUAUGUCUGUUAAUUAUCGAUUAGCCCCCGAAAAUCGCCUUCCGAGGGCUUACGAUGAUGGGGUUAAGACGAUUGCAUGGGUAAGACAAAAAGUGCUUUUAAGCGCUAACGAAGAUUAUUGGUGGUUAAAUAAGGUAGAUUUUUCUAGCACUUUUUUGGUUGGUGAUAGUGCUGGUGGGAACAUAGCCCAUAACGUAGCUAUAAGGCUAUGUUCGAAAUUUGGUGACCUAAAGCCAAUAACAUUAAAAGGUACAAUUUUAAUUCAACCCUUUUUUGGUGGGGAGUCAAGGACUUACUCCGAAAAAUACACGGCACAGCUGCCACGGUCAGCGCUCACACUAGCAAGCGCUGACACGUACUGGCGGCUGGCAUUGCCCAUGGGUGCUAACCGGGAUCACCCGUGGUGCAAUCCGAUUGCGAAUGAGGGUGAAAAUUUGGUGAAUAUAAGGGAUAUUCCUGGUAUAUUGGUGUGUAUAUCAGAGUUAGAUAUUUUGAGAGAUUGGAAUUUGGAGUUUUGUGCUACUUUAAAUAGAGUUGUUGGUAAUAAGAAGUUGGUUGAAUAUGUGAUGUUUAAAGGUGUAGGCCAUGCAUUUCAAGUACUGAAUAAGUCUCAAAUUGCACAAGAAAGAACUACUGAUUUGAUUGAACAUAUCAAGGCCUUUAUCAGCAGAUGAUUCCAAUGUACAUAACAUGCAAGAGGGAGUUGCUCGAGUGGUAAGCACUGUCACUUUCAAAUCUGAUGUUGUGAGUUGAGUCGUCAAUGAUGUUGCGAGUUCGAGUCAUCAGUAUAGGGAGGGGAUUAAAAGAAAAAGAGAGAUUUCAAUGUACAUAGUAAGAGUGACCUGCUCGGGUGAUAAGCACCAUCACUUCCAAAUCUGAUGUUGUGAGUUGAGUCGUCAGUGAUGCAGUGAGUUCGAGUCAUCAGUAUAGGGAGGAGAUUAAAAGAAAAAGAGGGAUUUCCAAUGUACAUAGUAAGAGUGAGCUGCUUGGGGUGAUAAGCACCGUCACUUCCAAAUCUGAUGUUGUGAGUUGAGUCGUCAGUAAUGUUAUGAGUUCGAGUCAUCAGUAUAGGAAGGGGAUUAAAAGAAAAAAGAGAGAUUUCAAUGUACGUAAUAGAAUCAAGUAUUUAAAUUAUAUACACGAAUAAUAUAUGGUUUGUAAUA